GGGCCCGGGGAGCACGCGACAGUGGGGAGGGCGGGGGCAACGGCGGGCAGGGCAAGAGGGCGGGGAGGGCAGGAGGGCGGGGGCGGCGGCGGCGGCCGCUGGGCCUCUCCUCGCCGCCGCCCUGCCCCGCCGCCCCUCCCCAGCUCGGGCGGGCCUGCCUCGCCUCGGACACCUGAUUCCACUCCGGUGCUGACAGCCUGCCGCCGGUAACUACGGUUCUGGGGGAGGAAGGCGUCUCAGGACGCAGGGGCGCUUGUCACUUAAAGCGACUCAACCAUCACGGCGCGCUGACUUCUUUAGGACGGACGGAUCUACAGGAACGCACGGAGUUCCUCCCCGUGGCCUCCCGGAGCUGAGAGCUGCUGGCUUAUGGGAUCGGGUCCAAACCCCCUGGCCUGCCACGCGAGGGCCUUCAGAAGGGGCCGCACCCACCCCGCCCACAGGGACAGCGCGGGGCCUCCCCACCCCUCUCCGCUGCAAGCAGGUGCGGUGCCCGCCAGGACGCCCUCCUUACCGUCCACCUGCAACCUCCUACUCAAAGCCAGCCCUCCGCUCGCACCGCGCGGCACCCCCCCAACCCGGAGCGCGCCGCCUUCUAAGGAGGCGGGGGGACUCUCCACCCCCCACCACGGGGCAGGGGCAGCGACGGCGUCUCAGGGGCCCCAGCUGAGCAGCUCAUCCAAUGGAAGUGGAAUUCCCACGUGACCUCGCAGUCAGCCACAUCGAGGUGGGAACACUGCUGUUGCGAGGCUUGAGUUCGUGUUGUGCGAGGUGCCUGGAACAGUCCUGGGAACGGACUGUGUGUCUGAUAACCGUCUGCACUCCUCUGGGCUGACGGUGAACCCGUCACAAAGGAGACUGCGUACCCAAGCCACUGUCACCCCGCGGUGCUCUGCUCCUGGGGGGUUUGCACUGACAACAAGCGCAUCGGCAUUCGUGUCCCUGGGAGAUUAUCCGUGGUCGCAGUCAACCUGUCGAAGAAAUGGAUUUGGAUCAGUUGGACCUGAGUCCCAGAAUCGCUGCUGCGGUCAAGAAAGCCAAACUGAAGUCAAUAAAGGAGGUUUUGCAUUUUUCUGGACCAGACCUGCAGAGACUAACUGGCCUCUCCAGCCUCGACGUGCAACACUUGCUGAGAACGGCCUCCCUGCACCUGCGGGGAAGCAGCGUCUUCACAGCUCUGCAUCUGCACCGGCAGAAGAAGAGAUUCCCCGCCCAGCACCAGCGCCUGAGCCUGGGCUGCCCCGUGCUGGACGGCCUUCUCCGCGGCGGCCUGCCCCUGGACGGUGUCACCGAGCUGGCCGGUCACAGCUCCGCCGGGAAGACCCAGCUGGCCCUGCAGCUCUGCCUGACCGUGCAGUUCCCUCCGCGGCACGGAGGCCUGGAGGCCGGGGCCGUGUACAUCUGCACCGAAGACGUCUUCCCGGACCUGCGACUGCAGCAGCUCAUUGCGGGGCAGCGGCACCUGCGGCCGGACGUUCCGGGAGAGGUGAUCGACAAGAUGAAGUUUGGCCACCAGAUCUUCAUCGAGCACGUGGCCGACGUGGACGCCCUGCUGGAGUGUGUGAGUAAGAAGGUGCCCGUGCUGCUGUCGCGGGGGAUGGCCCGCCUAGUGGUCAUCGACUCUGUGGCGGCCCCGUUCCGCUGUGAGUUUGACGGCCUGGCCUCAAUGCCCAGGGCCAGGCGUCUGCAGGCCUUGGGGGCCACCCUGCGCCGGCUGAGCAGCACGUUCCAGAGCCCCGUGCUAUGCAUCAACCAGGUGACAGAGGCCGUGGAGGAGCAGGGCGCGGCACCCGGGCCACAAGGUCUCUGGGAGGAGCGGGUCUCUCCGGCCCUCGGAAUGACCUGGUCCAAUCAGCUCUUAAUGCGGCUGAUGGUCAGCCGGCGCCGCCCCGAGGAGGAAGCCGUCCUCCCCCCGCCCGGCCGCCCUGACCGCACCCUGCGGGUGAUCUUCGCCCCUCACCUGCCCCCCUCAUCCUGCUCCUACACCGUCAGCACGGAGGGGGUACGGGGGACUCCCGGGACCGAGGCCCGUUGAUAUGGCAGCUGCAGAACGGCAGGCCAGGUCCCAAGAAACCCCGAGUCUGGCGGAGCCCUCCACACUCUGCAGGCACAGGGGACUGACGUCUUGACCCAGGACACCCAUCGCUGGGACAGGAUCUGCUCCAAGGGUUGGCUACCCCUUCUCAACGGCGGGAAGGCAGUAAGCACGGAUGACCCGCCUGACGUGGCCUCCCCCCGGGCAGGGCUGUCUGCCUUCACGCCCCACUGCCCCCCACGCUGCCUGGCACAGCGGGCCCUGGACCCUUUCGCUAUGGCCUGUUCUCUGCCGGGCACUGUCCUAAGUAAUUCAUCCACGUCGGAGUGCGUCUCCUUCGCGGCCCCUGGGGAUGGGCAGUUACCGUCCUUGGUCUCAGGGAAACUGAGGCACAGAAGAGUGAAGUGACUUGGCCAACCUCCUGCAACUCCAUGAGCCAGACGCUGAUCCCCAGGCUGGUACCAGGAGGGCAGGGACAUAACCUGACCCAGUACUAGGGUGGAGGCAGAGGUCCCCGUAACUGGGCAGACUCGCACUGUUUUGACAUUUUCUAGAGCAGAAAAAUUCACUUCUGACUUCCACCCCAUUUUUAAGUAGUCUGGGACUCUCAGAAGGUUGAGAAUGGCUCGUGUUAAGUAAGAAACCGUUCUUUUAGGGUUGGAAUUUUAUAAAAGAGCCUUUCCGCAAGUGCAGGGACUUUGCAAAAGGAAAUAAACCAUUUUACUAUCGUAAUUAAAUACAAACAA